CUUCUCCAUUCCUAUUAACAAUAUGGGCCCUUUUUUCAUCAGCCUCUCUUUCUCUACCUCUCUUAACAAGCCAUCCAGAUCUACUCUCAAACACAACAAUCAAACACAAAUAUAGCAAAUUCCUCCAAUAUUUAGAUUUACUCAACAUCAAUAAUCUCUAUUGUUAUUCAAUUUACACAAACACUUCAACAUAAGCAUAUUUCUUCAUAAAUCAUACAUAGCAUAUAUCUUCAUCUUCUUAAAAAAAAAAACACUUCAUCUUCUUUUUCAUACUUUUUUUGUUUGUUUGUCUCUGAUGACGGAUUCCACAUCUAUCAGUAGUCAUUGGAACAAUAACUAGCGAAUAUUUUUGGAGAAAAUCCGCACACGCCAAAGACAAAUAUAAUAUUUUUAUGGGAAAUUGUUGUGGGGCAGCAUCGUCGAUGGAGUGGGCCGGAGAAGAUUGGGGUUCAUUGACAUCAAAGCAGAAGAGUAAAAUGAAUUCAAGCAAGGUGUUUGAUGAAGUUCAUGGGUUGAGUUUGGGGAAUAUAGAAAAAGAGAAGCUUUUAGGUGCACUUAGAGCUUCUUCAGAUGCAAAUGGGAAAGUAAAAAUAAAGAUAUCAAAGAAAGAGCUUGCAGUGUUGUUGGGAGGAACAGAGAAACAAGGUGUUGGAGGAACAGGACAUGCUUCUGCUGAACAAGUUUUGGUUGGUUUGUUAAAUGCUAGAGAUCAUGUCAAUGAGAAUCAUGAUCAUGGACAUCAUAGGUAGAACUGUCAAUUUGACAAACUCCCUAAUUAUUGACCCCAACCCAAAUUUUGAAGGGGUCAAAAAAAUUAAUAAUUGACAAAUGUCAAUAUUAUUAGGUUAAACGUCUUGAUGUGAUUUUAAAAUUCAAAACUUUGUAUUUAUGUGAAUUUAUAUAGUGAUAUUUAUUGUCUCUUCUAUGUAUAACAAA